CUAGCUAGAUCAACCCCUCUCACAUGCUAGUAGUCAAAGAAAAAUGGCGUCAACGUCACAACUCAGAAUCCAAGUCAUACUAGUUCAGUAUUUUUGCAGCGCACAUUGCGGGUUAGCCCAACUAUAAUAAAAUUGCCGUGUUCGGUGAUGCCAGCGAGCUCUCCAGACAUGGAUGGAGAGGCAACCGAGAAGGAGGCCGCGCCGGCGCCGGCGCCGCCGCCAGCAGGGGGGUCGCCGUCCAUGUCGGUGUUCGCGCACGCAGACAAGGUGGACGUGGUCCUGAUGCUGCUAGGCCUGGUGGGCGCUGUGGGCGACGGCAUAUCGUAUCCACUGACGUUGAUCCUGUUCAUUCGCAUCACCAACGACAUUGGCCACGGCCCCGACCUCCUCCAAGAGUUCAGCUCCAGGAUCAACGCGAGCGCGAGGAACCUCGUCUUCUUGGCAUUAGCUUUCUGGGUCAUGGCGUUCCUAGAGGGUUACUGCUGGGCGCGGACGGCGGAGCGGCAGGCGUCGCGGAUGCGGGCGCGGUACCUCCAGGCGGUGCUCCGGCAGGACGUGGAGUACUUCGACCUCAGGACCGGCUCCAUGUCGGAGGUGGUCACCGGCGUCUCCAACGACAGUCUCGUCAUCCAGGACGCGCUGGCCGAGAAGCUCCCAAACUUCGUGAUGAACGCCGCCAUGUUCCUCGGGUGCUACGUCCUCGCUCUCGCGGCCGUGUGGAGGCUGACGCUGGUGGCGCUGCCGUCCGUGCUGCUGCUCGUCGUCCCCGGGAUCGUCUACGGCCGCAUCCUCGUCGGCAUCGCGCGCCGGAUCAGGGAGCAGUACGCGCGCCCGGGCGCCAUCGCGGAGCAGGCCGUGUCGUCGGCGCGCACCGUGUACUCGUUCGCGGCGGAGAGGAGCACCGUGGCGCGGUUCGCCGCCGCGCUCGAGGAGUCCAUGCGGCUGGGGCUCAAGCAGGGGCUCGCCAAGGGCCUCGCCAUUGGCAGCAAUGCCGUCACCUUCGCCAUCUCAGCGUUCACCCUCUGGUACGGCAGCCGCCUCGUCAUGUACCACGGCUACCAGGGCGGCGCUGUUUUCAGUGUCUCCAGCGCCAUCGUCAAUGGCGGCCUGGCGUUGGGGUCGGGGCUGUCGAGUGUGAAAUACUUGUCAGAGGCAAUCUCGGCGGCAGAGAGGAUCCAGGAGGUGAUCCGGCGGGUGCCCAAGAUCGACUCGGGGAGCGACGCCGGCGAGGACCUGCCCAAUGUCGCCGGCGAUGUGGAGUUCAAGAACGUCGAGUUCUGCUACCCAUCGCGGCCGGAGAGCCCCGUCUUGGUGAGCUUCAGCCUGCGCGUGCCAGCGGGGCGCACCGUGGCGCUGGUUGGCAGCAGCGGAUCGGGGAAGUCAACGGUGAUAGCACUACUGGAGCGUUUCUAUGACCCAUCAUCCGGGGAGGUCCUGCUGGACGGCGUCGACAUCCGGCGGCUGCGGCUCAAGUGGCUUCGCGCGCAGAUGGGGCUCGUCAGCCAGGAGCCGGUGCUGUUCGCGACGACGAUACGGGAGAACAUACUGUUCGGCAAGGAAGACGCCACCGCGGAGGAGGUCAUCGCCGCUGCCAAGGCUGCCAACGCUCACGACUUCAUCGCCCAGCUGCCGCAGGGCUACGACACCCAGGUGGGUGAAGGGGGUAUCCAGAUGUCCGGAGGGCAGAAGCAGAGGAUUGCUAUUGCCAGAGCAAUCGUCAAGUCACCCAAGAUCCUUCUCCUGGAUGAAGCCACUAGUGCAUUGGACACGGAAUCAGAGCAUGUUGUGCAAGAGGCGCUUGACCUAGCCUCCACGGGGCGGACUACUAUUAUUAUUGCACAUCGCCUCUCAACCAUCCGAAAUGCAGACAUGAUCGUCGUCAUGCAAUGUGGUGAAGUCAUGGAGCUAGGCUCCCAUGAUGAGCUUGUUGGCAAUGAAGAUGGCCUCUACAAAUCGCUUACUCAACUUCAGCAAACCAGUUACUCGAGUGAGGUUGACAAGGCCAAUGGAGUCAGCAGUGCAUCUUUUGAUGUCGGGCAGUCCAACAGCCACAAUAUGAGCAGGAGGUUCUCUUCUGCUAGCAGGCCAAGCUCGGUUCAGUCGCUGGGUGACACGAGAGACGACAACGCCGAGAAGCUCACCCUUCAUGCUCCGUCCUUCAAAAGACUACUUAUGCUUAAUGCACCAGAGUGGAAGCAGGCGGUGAUGGGCAGCUUUAGCGCAAUUGUGUGUGGAGGCAUCCAGCCUGCUCAUGCAUAUGGCUUGGGGAGUGUUGUCUCUGCUUACUUCUUGACAGACCAUGCUGAGAUCAAGGAAAAAACAAGGACCUAUGUGCUCUUCUUCGUUGCUCUUGCAGUGGCAUCGUUCUUACUAAGUAUUGUACAGCACUACAACUUUGGUGUCAUGGGGGAACGUCUCACCAAGAGGAUAAGAGAACAUAUGCUCACAAAGAUCCUCACAUUUGAGAUUGCAUGGUUUGACCAUGAAGAGAACUCCACUGGUGCCAUAUGCUCGCAGCUUGCUAAGGACGCCAACGCAGUCAGGUCACUUGUGGGAGACCGGAUGGCUCUAGCGAUCCAGGUUGUUUCUUCCGUGCUUGUUUCCUGGACUAUGGGUUUGGUUAUCGCUUGGCGCUUGGCCGUCGUAAUGAUAGCAGCGCAACCACUAAUCAUUAUUGGCUUCUACGCUCGCCGUGCCCUACUGAAGAACAUGUCCAAGAGAUCGAUAAGAGCACAGUCCGAGGGCAGCAAGCUAGCAGCGGAGGCCAUCUCCAACUUCCGGACCGUCACUGCCUUCUCAUCCCAGGAUCACAUCCUACACCUCUUUGAGGAGACGCAAGAUGGGCCGCGCAAGGAAAACAUUCGACAAUCAUGGUUCGCUGGCCUUGUCCUUGGCACCUCCCUGUUCAUCAUAACAUGCUCAUUUGCCCUCGAUUUUUGGUAUGGCAGCAAGCUGAUGGUUGAGCGCCGCAUUACUGCCAAGCAACUCUUGCAGACCUUCAUUAUCAUAGUGAUGACAGGGCGUCUGAUUGGAGAGGCAGGUAGCAUGGCAACAGACCUUGCUAAGGGCGCUGAUGCAGUUGCCUAUGUGUUUGCUGUUCUUGAUCGGAAAACAGAAAUUGACUCUGACAAUCCUGAGGGAUACAUCCCGAGUAAGCUUAAAGGUGAGGUGGAAAUGUUGGAUGUUGACUUUGCAUACCCAUCCAGGCCAGAUGUGAUCAUCUUCAAAGGAUUCUCCUUGAGCAUACAACCAGGCAAGUCAACAGCGCUCGUUGGAAAGAGUGGCUCCGGUAAGUCAACCAUCAUUGGGCUUAUCGAGCGAUUCUACGACCCAACUGCGGGGGUGGUGAAGAUUGACAGUAGAGACAUAAGAUCUUACAAUCUCCGAGCCUUACGUCAACAUAUUGGGUUGGUUAGCCAGGAGCCAGCACUGUUUGCAGGUACGAUCAAGGAGAACAUCAUAUACGGCACAGCAACUGCAAGCGAGGCAGAGAUUGAGAGUGCAGCAAAAUCUGCCAAUGCACAUGACUUCAUCAGCAGCCUCAAGGACGGGUACAACACAUCCUGUGGCGAGCGAGGGUUUCAGCUAUCGGGAGGGCAGAAGCAGCGCGUAGCGAUCGCUCGCGCCAUCCUCAAGAACCCAGCCAUCUUGUUGCUGGACGAGGCCACGAGCGCGCUGGACAGCGCAUCCGAGAAGGUGGUGCAGAAGGCACUGGACCGGGUGAUGGUUGGAAGGACAAGUGUAGUGGUGGCACAUAGGCUCAGCACUGUCCAAAACUGUGACAAGAUCGCCGUGCUAGAGGGAGGAAGAGUUGUGGAGGAUGGCACGCACGCAUCCCUAAUGGGCAAGGGUCGUUCUGGGAUGUACUUUGGGCUGGUCAGUUUGCAGCAGGGUGCAACCGGCACUGAGAUAUUCGCUUCACAAGAGUAACACAUGCAUUCAGAAAUUGCAGACCAUUGAGAUGACUUGCCUCUUUUCUCUAUUUGCUCACGAGAUGUAUUGCCGUUUGAAUUUAAACGGCAACUGAAGAUAGGGAACCCUGAAAGCCGAGCUUUUCUUAAAUGACUUUGAGUGCGGGGUUGUCCUUUCCUAUGUUUCGAUUUCCAUGCCGAGUUCUUACGCAUGCUUAACCAAAAUUUAGCGUAGUCCUUAAAAGUAUGUGAAGAAUUUUGAUUACUAAUUCAAAUUUGAAUCUCUGUUUUCUC